UAACGAGAAACGAUCAUGCACUUCCGGUGACACAAGUUAUAAAAGAAUCUCGUGCACUCGGUGACUCGUUUAUUCGCUCGGUAAAUUUUGUAGUGAAAAAUGCAGUGGUCGAUUGUCAAAAUAACGUUUCUAACGUUGCUAAGCAAUUCGAUUUUACUGGUCGAAUCCACUCCCAUUGCUUCCUCGUCGUUUGGAAGUUUUGCUUCUGUCGGAUCUAAUCGCCGUGAGCAACACGCCGAAUUUGGUGAAGGUAUUCGCGACUGGUUCAGGAAUAUAAAAAAUCGUCUUUUCGGGGGAUCCAAUGAACAACAAAGUUUGCCACCUCCAGAGGCUGGAAAAAUGAUGGUGGAAUUAGACAACGAUUCUUACCAAGAUAAGAAACAGAGUUUUCGCGGUGGAUUUUUCCUCGAUCUCAGUAAGUUGACUUUCAACCCUGAGACUGAUUGGGGCUUCCGCUUGGGCCAAUGGUACUUUAUUAAAAAAUCCGGAGAUGCCAGCAACGACGAUUGGAUGCCACCUAUUAACUCCGAGUGGCCGUCGAGUGAAGAAAUUACUGAUCGUGUCCUGGAGCCCUCGUUGAUAACCAUGAAACCCGAAAUCACCUCGGAAAAGACAUCGUCCAGCGAAGAAACACCGAAAAUCCCGGAUAAAAAAGUAGAAGAUAACGAAACUCGACGUCCCUCGGACGAUAAUCGGUCGACGGAAGUAUUGAUACCGUCUGAAUAAAUGAGAACCUAUUCAAGCCGAAGAAGCUUGAGAAAAACCUCACGGACAAGUUUACUUGUAGAUUAUUUACAUUUCGAGUUUAAAGAAAUAAUGACGGAAUACACUGUAUUCGAAUCUUAACUGAACGAAAAGUUUACUGCUAAAAUUGGUGUUUAACUUUCUAAACGAAAAUGACUACCAUCACGAUCGUGUAAAAAAACUUGUCAAAUAAUCACGCAUUAAAAAUUUUUCAUACAAAAUAAUGUUAUAUAUGAAAACUUUGAAAAGUAGAAAAAAUAUAUUUAGUUUUUGAAUUUAAGAAAUCUGUGUCGUGCUCAACAAUUGGAAGAAAAAGAAUUUUUCGUCAAUGGCGACAACGAACGUUGUUUCCUCAAAUUUUAAUGCCAACGUUUGAUUUGAACAAUAAUUUUUUUGUAUCAUAUCAGCUUGUAUCAAGGCCAAGUAUUAAAAAAAAGUUUGACGAGGCAAGGCAAACGUGCAGCGUAUCUGUACUCGCGGUUGGUCGUUUUCCCCUGACUUGUAAAUAUAACUUCUCGAACGAUGACGACGUAAGCAAUUUUUUUUUAUACGUGCACGAAAUGAACCGGGAAAAUGAUUACUGACGUAAUCGAGUCCGGGCAGAUAAAAAUCUCCAAUUUUCCGACAGUAAUGAUACUUACAUAAUAGAUAAAAAAGAGGAAAUAUGGCUGGAGACACAAAGUCAUCACUCGGAGUUGGAUUUAAAUUGCGUUAAAUUUAUUAUAAACUAUCGUCGAAGGGGGUAUUUUCGUUCAAUACCUUACAAUAAACUAUAACGCCGAUGUUGUACAAAUUCGUGGUCUUCAUACGAUGUCGUGGAAUUACUGUAAUAGAGAAGAAGAAAAAAAAUUUCGAAUAUGUUCCAAAUGUUUGUGGUGUCGCCUCGUGCGAGACUUUGAUAUAUUCUGAUCAAUACCAAAUGAUGAGAUAUGAUGAAAAUGACUGAUGAUAUCCGACACCAAGAAAAGCGCAUAAACGAUGAUUAAUGGCAACGAAAAAUAAUAAUACAUUUAAUCUACGGAUACGUGAUUAAUGAGAAUAAUCACUCUUUUCGUCUUUCUGACAUGCUUUUGUAAUGAAAAUUUACGUUUCGCAACGAUUAUCGAUGAUUGAGAAUUAAGCCCUCCACCAGAUGCGUUCUUGUUACUGCCGUAAGCCUAGUUUUCUAAUAUUUUAAUAAUUGCUCGCUUAUGUGAUAGUCGAAAAUUUUGGAAAAUGGCGUGAAUUUUUUUAAUGCACAUGAAUGGCUGUUAGGAAAGAAAAACUUAUUUUUCUUCUUUUUUUUUUGUUGAAUGAUUAAGCAGACAAUGAAUCGCGAAGAAUUGAAGAGAACGACGAAUUUACAAGAUUUUUUCGUUUCUUUUUUUUUUUAAUGGAAGUUGCAGAUUUGUGAUUUUUGUAAUCCCAGAAAGUAAGAGGCAGAGUUGCGUUGACAUGCGGAUCGAGUAUAAUACAUCAUAAUUAUGAGACCAUCCAUCUCCCGAAGUUGGUAGAGUACAAAUAAAGAUUUCGUCUACUUUCUUGCCUAGAAUGUGAACAUAAAAUCGAUAAAACCACCGGUGCAUGCAAAAUAAUAGUUCCUUGUUCCAACGUCAUACGGUCAUCAAGAAUGAAAAAAAAAUCUUUGAGUUUUAAGAACCAUCUACGAAAAAUAUUAAGCAAAUAUUUAAGAAAUUUUGAUUUCUCACAUCCAGUUGUUGAGUAACUUUAAUUAUGCUUGUGCAAGGGUUUGAUAUAAAUUGUGGUUUAUUCUAAUGAAAUUAUGUUUGAGGUAUAUUCAUUGGUAUACGAGACAGAAGAAUAAAUAUAAACGAUUGUUUUGAAAUUGAGGAUGGAAGUUUAACCAGUUAUGAAGAACUUGUAACUCGUAUGGAAUGUACAUUUUCUGUCGAAAACAUUUGAUGGAUGUCAAUUGUUCAAUAAAGUUAGGUUUGAGUGAUCGAUUGACUGCUCUAAUCACUA